ACGUAUUAGCGAAUAAUUUUGAGAUUGUUUCAAAGCAAAAUACGAGCAACGGCGAUCGUAGCGUUAGUCGACCGAAAGAGUCAUGUGGGCUUUCCUGGAAUUAUGACGAGCUAUAUUGGCGUCUGUGUGAGCGAGCGAAACGAACGUAGUAUGAAUGAAUGAAUUUAUUCAGCAGCCGGCCAAACGACCUUACCCUCCACUCCCUACGCACCUCCCGCCUCUUACCAGCAUAGCUUUGCUCAAGCUGUAGUUGAGAAACCUGUGCCUGGGAAACUCCAUGACGUGCUCUUGUUUGCUUGUUUAAGUGUGCGCCCGCAUAUUCGGUGUGACUCACUCAACGCGAUUGACGACGUCACCGUCGGCGAGCGUAGAUAACGAAGAAUCGCGACUCGAGAGAGAGAGACUCGCACAGCAGAAAGCUUUUUCAGCUUUUUGAAUUUUUUUGCGAUCCCCCUAGCGAAUGGCGUACAAUUCGCGGUUUUCGAUACGUUUGGGUUAGCUAAUUGACCAGCGUGCCUAAACAAAAUGAGCAGCGCAACGUGCGAGAGAGAGAGAGAGAGAGAGAGAGAGUGACCCAGAGAGCGGGAGCUUGAGAGCGAAAGCUUUUUGGCGUUGACGCUGUUGACGCUGUUUCGUCACGACUUUAUCGUGGUUCAAUUUUCGCCGAUCAUUAACUUGUCAUACGCGAACCUGUGCGGAUGCUUGCCGAUCGCAACGUAACGGUUAUUGCAAACAAUUUUCCAUAGCUGCAAUUUUCCACUGUGUUAACUGAAUUCGAACCGGCUUUGAAUUUGUUAAAAUUUCCGAAACCCCCUCUCCCUAAUCUAAAUAAACAGUGUUUACUGCGCGCGUGCAUAUGAAGAGAAAUACUAGAAGGAAAUAACAAAUAAAAUAAUAUAGUGUGAAUCACCGCGCUGGCUUUUAUUAAAUCCUAAGUCCGUUUGCUAAGCGAAGCGGACCUUGUCUUGUGUUUUUCCAUCGUUCCAACAAUGACGAGCUCAAUGAAAAUCGAGAUAAAUACUCUAAGCUGCAGCUGAUACUGUGCAGUGUCCCAGUGUUUCAGUGUUUCAGUGUUUCGCCAGUUCCAUGGCCAUUCUGGGCAGCCAGAUCCAGAGUUUUAAUAUAAACCAAAAAAUAGACAGCCGAGUGUGUGGUGCACUGUGGUCAGUGCCGGUGCCGAGCUCGAAUGCCAUGCACCAAGAUGCCCGACCCAAAGGUGUCGGUGCAUCAUCACCUUCCUCCAAAGCGACAGCGGCCGUCGAAGCGGCGGCGAAGCAUGCGGCUGAUCAUCAUCGAGGGCAACGACGACGUCGACGCAGCAGCAGCAGCAGUAGCACAGCUGAUUCCUCCAGCUCGGAUACAGAUUCAGACAGCUCCACAAGCAGCAGCACCAGCAGCAGCAGCACCAGCAGCAACAACAACAGCACCAGUAGAAGGAGCGCCAGCAGGCACAGCUCUCCUUUUCCUGCUAAGCAGUUAUCUUCACCACCCGCUACCUCCCGCCCGCCAUCACCUACUCCAGCCGAUGCGCCAGUUGGCUCCGAUACGGAGAGUGAGCCCGGCUCACCUGUGUUGGUACCCGUGGAUCCGCAUGCCUGGACCACCGAGGACAUUGCCAGCUGGGUGAAGUGGCUGACGCGCAAGUUCAAAAUUGAACCGGAGCCAGACAUCACCCGCUUUCCCAAAGAUGGCAAGGAGCUGUGUCAGCUGAGCCGCGCCGAUUUCUGGGUCUGUGCCGGCUCCAGGCGCGGCGGCAUCCUGCUGGCCAAACACUUCGCCUUCAGUCUCUACCAUGCCACCGGCAGGGAGACGAGUCCCAUGCUCAACGAGAACGAGCCAAAUCCAUAUCAGCUGCUGAACGCUGCCUCGCACCGAUUGGUCGCUCAGGGCUCGGGCGGGCAAAUACAGUUGUGGCAAUUUCUGUUGGAGCUGCUCGCUGAUUCGUCGAACGCCAACUGCAUCAGCUGGGAGGGCCAAUCGGGCGAGUUCCGGCUCAUCGAUCCGGACGAGGUGGCCAAGCGCUGGGGCGAGCGCAAGGCCAAGCCAAACAUGAACUACGACAAGCUGAGCAGAGCUCUGCGCUAUUACUAUGACAAGAAUAUCAUGACCAAGGUGCACGGCAAGCGCUAUGCGUACAAAUUUGAUUUCCAUGGCCUGAUGGCCGCUUGCCAGGCGCAGGCACAGGGCUGUGAUCCGGCCAGCAGCAUGAUUAGUUCCUAUAAGCAUCAUCAUCAUCAUCAUCAUCAUUCGCAUCCACAUGCCGCCGCUGGCGGUGGCCCACAUGCUCUGCCCGCACAGCAUCUGCCGCACCACUUGGCGCAUCAUUCCCAUCAUGGCCAUCACUCGCAUGUGCAUCCGCAUCAGCUGCUGCAUCCGCAUGCCGCCGCCGCCGCUGCCGCCGCUGCAGCCGCCGGGGAGCUCGCAUCGCCGGCCUCGAAUUGCUCCAGUUUAGGAUUCCCGUCACCCUCCACAGCCUCGUCGCUGCCCUCGCCUGCCCAGGUGUCGUCCGUAUUUGCCGGCCCGGGCGGUUAUGCAAACGUCGCGCCAACGGGCUCCACGGCGGGCUCCAGCCAGUCGCCAGAGCAGGAGCCCAGAGCAUCCGCAGCCUCCGCCAAUGUGACCUAUGAGCAACGAAUUUAAUUGCAAUGGCAAAUGGCCAACCCCAAUUUGUCAGGGGUUGCUCUUUUAUGUGGGGCGGGGGUCGGGCUUGCGCAAGGGCCGCCCGCUGCGCACAAGCCGAGCCAGUUGCCGUAUCUCCAUCUCGCUCUGGCCGCCAGGGGUCACACUGUAAAAAGGUCAUUUCGCUUAAUUCCAGCUACUUUUGGUUUAAUUACGUAAUUUCUCAUAUGUGAUAAAUACAUGGAGCAAUGCAACCAAAAACAAAAAAAAAAGAA